AUGAAAAGAGUACAGAAAGGGACUGUGAAGUGGUACAGAAAAAAAUUUUCAUGUAAACACUGUAAGAAGAAUUUCAAAACGAAACAACGUUUGCAACGUCAUGAAAGAAUACAUACAGGAGAAAAGCCUUACACUUGUGACGAAUGUAAACAGAACUUUUCACGGAAGGAUCACUUAAUUAAACAUCUUCGCAUCCACACCGGAGAAAAGCCUUACACUUGUGACGAGUGUAAACAGAAUUUUUCUGAAAAAGGAAACUUAAUUAAACAUCUUCGCACCCACACCAGAGAAAAGCCUUACACUUGUGACGAGUGUAAACAGAAUUUUUCUGAAAAAGGAAACUUAAUUAAACAUCUUCGCACCCACACCAGAGAAAAGCCUUACACUUGUGACGAGUGUAAACAGAAUUUUUCUGAAAAAGGAAACUUAAUUAAACAUUUUCGCACCCACACUGGAGAAAAGCCUUACACUUGUGACGUGUGUAAACAGAAGUUUACACAAAAGAAAAGCUUGAUUAAACACCUUAGGACCCAUACAAGAGAAAAACUGUAUGAAUGUCAAUUAUGUCCAGAGAAAUUCAUUCGAAAUAUGGACUUGAAUAAACAUUACAAGAUUCACAAUUAG